AUGGCGUCGUCAUCGACGCAUUCCAGUGAUUCAGGCCCUCAAUCUGCGUUGACACGGCGGUCUUCCCGCAGCGCUGCCACAACCACCUUUACAAUGGAGGUUUUUGAUAAUGAGGUCGUUCCAUCGUCACUCCAACAAAUUGCUCCCAUUCUCCGUGUUGCCAACGAAAUUCAACACGAUCGGCCUCGCGUUGCUUAUCUAUGUCGAUUCUAUGCAUUUGAGAAAGCACAUAGAUUGGAUCAAAGCUCCAGUGGCCGUGGUGUUCGACAGUUUAAGACAGCUCUCCUUCAACGAUUGGAGCGGGAAAAUGCUUCAAGUCUUGCAGCUCGUGUCAAGAAGACGGAUGCGCGGGAAAUUGAGAGCUACUACAAACAAUAUUAUGAGAAAUAUGUCAUGGCACUUGAUCAGGGCGAAAAAGGAGAUAGAGCCCAAUUGGGGAAAGCUUACCAGGUGGCUGGAGUGCUAUUUGAAGUACUUUGCUCGGUUAACAAGUCUGAAAAGGAUGAAGAAGUUCCGGCUGAUAUCAUCGAAUCAGCCAGAGAUAUUGAGGCAAAGCAGGGUAUAUACGCACCCUACAACAUUCUGCCCCUCGAUUCUGCAGGGGAGUCGCAGUGCAUCAUGCAGUUUGAAGAGAUUAAGGCAGCAGUGUCUGCUCUCCGGAACACUAGUGGCUUGAAUUGGCCGGCCUCAGCUGAUCCACAGCGGCAGAGAUCAGGACAGUUGGAUCUUCUUGAUUGGCUAAGGGGAAUGUUUGGGUUUCAGAGAGACAAUGUCAGGAACCAGAGGGAGCAUUUGAUCUUGCAACUUGCCCAUCCUCAAGCAAGGCUUAUGCCAAAGCCUGAGUCCAGUAACAAGCUUGAUGAUCGAGCUGUUGAUGGAGUGAUGACCAAGCUUUUCAAAAAUUAUAAAACCUGGUGCAAGUACCUGGGAAAGAAACAUAGCUUAAGGCUCCCUAAAGGACACCAAGAAGUUCAACAGAGAAAGCUACUUUACAUGGGCCUGUAUCUUCUUAUCUGGGGUGAAGCAGCUAAUGUACGCUUUAUGCCAGAGUGCCUGUGCUACAUCUUUCACAAUAUGGCAUAUGAACUACAUGGCUUGUUAACCGGAAAUGUUAGUGUUGUGACUGGAGAAAACAUCAAGCCUUCUUAUGGUGGGGAUGAAGAGGCCUUCCUUCGCAAAGUUAUAACUCCAAUUUAUCACGUCAUAGAUCAGGAAACCAAGAGGAGCAGAAACGGGAAGGCUCCCCACUCUGACUGGUGCAAUUAUGAUGAUCUUAAUGAAUAUUUCUGGUCACCGGAUUGUUUUUCUCUGGGUUGGCCUAUGCGUAAUGAUGGUGAAUUUUUUAAAUCAACACGUCUCAUGACACAGGGGAAACUGUCAUCCCGUCAACAGGCUGGAAGCAUGCGAAAGUCCUAUUUUGUUGAGACACGAUCAUUUUGGCACAACUUUCGAAGUUUUGAUCGUUUAUGGACAUUUCUUAUACUGGUUCUGCAGGUUAUGUUCAUUAUUGCAUGGGAUAAUACUUCAGUUUUGGAGAUCUUUGACAAACAUGUGUUAUAUAAGAUAUCCAGUAUAUUCAUUACAGCAGCAUUUCUCCGUCUUGUUCAAAGUAUCUUGGACCUUAUUCUGAACUUCCCUGGUUAUCGUAGAUGGAGGUUCACUGAUUUGAUGAGGAUAGUUCUGAAGAUUAUUGGUAGCAUCGGAUGGUCUAUUGUUCUCCCGUUAUGUUAUGCUCAGCAAGCUGACCCUAACGCAUUAAUCUUUGGGCAACUCAAAAACUAUAUUUCUUUUCUUGAUCAAUUGAAGGGCAUUCCUCCUCUAUAUCUUAUGGCUGUGGCAUUAUAUUUGCUUCCGAAUUUACUCGCAGCAGUUUUGUUCAUAUUUCCUAUGCUUCGACGUUGGAUUGAGAACUCUGAUUGGCUUAUCGUUAGAUUUUUCCUAUGGUGGUCACAGCCCAGGAUCUAUGUGGGGAGGGGAAUGCAUGAAAGUCAGUUUGCCCUUAUAAAGUAUACUCUUUUUUGGGUGGUCCUUCUAUGCUCAAAAUUUGCUUUUAGCUUUUUUGUUCAGAUAAAACCACUAGUUGAUCCAACAAAAGAUAUUAUGCAAAUCAGGCGUGUUCAAUAUGCUUGGCAUGAAUUCUUUCCUCAAGCUAAAAACAACUUGGGAGCUGUUGCUGCACUCUGGAUGCCUGUUAUAUUGGUUUACUUUAUGGACACUCAGAUAUGGUAUGCUAUAUAUGCAACUUUGUGUGGUGGAGUUAUUGGGGCCUUUGAUCGUCUGGGAGAGAUACGAACUCUGAUCAUGCUAAGGUCCCGCUUCCAGUCUAUACCUGGUGCAUUCAAUGCAAAUUUGGUGCCUUCUGAUACUAAGAAAAAAGGAUUUUCUCUAUCUAAGCGGUUUGUAGAGGUUACACCUAAUCGGAGGAGUGAAGCUGCAAAAUUUGCUCAGCUGUGGAAUGAAGUUGUAGCUAGUUUCCGUGAGGAAGAUCUCAUAAGUGACAGGAAAGGCUUUAGCUAUUUCAGGGAGAUGGACCUGAUGCUAGUUCCGUAUUCUUCAGAUCCUAGCCUUAAAGUAGUUCAGUGGCCCCCAUUUCUGCUUGCUAGCAAGAUCCCAGUCGCAAUUGAUAUGGCAGUUCAAUUUCGGUACAAGGACUCUGAUCUCUGGAAGCGUAUAUGUGCUGAUGAAUAUAUGAAGUGUGCUGUUAUCGAAUGCUACGAAAGCUUCAAAAAUGUCCUCAACACUGUGGUUGUUGGACAAGCUGAGCAAAGGAUUAUUGGCACCAUAAUUAAAGAAGUUGAAAGUAACAUAUCGAGGAAUUCCUUUCUCACCAACUUUAGAAUGGGUUCUCUACCUACUCUCUGCAACCAAUUCGUGAAGCUGGUAGAAAUGUUGAAAAAUGCUGAUGAAUCUAAGCACAACGUUGUAGUUUUGCUACUACAGGACAUGUUAGAAGUAGUUACCCGCGAUAUGAUGGUCAAUGAAAUUCGUGAAUUGGCAGAACUUGGACAGGAUUCAGGUAGGCAACUUUUUGAAAAAGCUACGGACUCAAAACCUGCUAUUGCCUUUCCUCCUCCAGUUACCUCCCAGUGGGAAGAACAGAUAAAGCGUCUUUAUCUCCUUCUCACAGUAAAAGAAUCUGCCAUGGAUGUGCCUAAAAACCUUGAAGCACAGCGGAGGAUCAUGUUCUUUACAAAUUCAUUGUUCAUGGACAUGCCACGUGCCCCUCGAGUGCGUAAAAUGCUAUCAUUUAGUGUCAUGACCCCCUACUAUAGUGAAGAGACUGUCUAUUCAAAGAGUGACCUCGAUAUGGAGAAUGAAGAUGGUAUAUCAAUCAAAUUUUACCUGCGAAAGAUCUUCCCAGAUGAAUGGGAGAACUUCAUGGAGCGCAUAAACUGUAAAGAAGACUCUGAAAUUUUUGAUACUGAUGAAAACAUUUUACAGCUGCGUCACUGGGUCUCCUUAAGAGGGCAGACACUUUGCAGAACAGUUAGAGGGAUGAUGUACUACAGAAGGGCUUUGAAGCUUCAGGCUUUCCUUGACAUGGCUACUGAAAAAGAAAUGCUAGAAGGUUAUAAAGCUGUCACCAUUCCAUCAGAAGAGGACAAGAAAAGUCAGAGAUCCUUGUAUGCUCAAUUGGAGGCCAUUGCUGAUAUGAAAUUCACUUAUGUAGCGACAUGUCAAAUUUAUGGUAAUCAGAAGCGCACUGGAGACCGUCGUGCAACAGACAUUUUGAAUUUGAUGGUUCACAAUCCAUCUCUGCGUGUGGCAUAUAUCGAUGAAGUUGAAGAAAGAGAAGGAGGAAAAUCACAGAAAGUCUACUAUUCUGUGUUGGUCAAAGCUGUAGAGAAUCUUGAUCAGGAAAUUUACAGGAUUAGAUUACCUGGCUCUCCAAAAAUAGGAGAAGGGAAGCCUGAGAAUCAGAACCAUGCCAUCAUUUUUACAAGAGGGGAAGCUCUUCAGACUAUUGACAUGAAUCAAGACAACUAUUUGGAAGAAGCUUUCAAAAUGCGGAACUUGCUUGAAGAAUUUAACGAGGAUCAUGGAGUGAGAUCCCCAACAAUUUUGGGUGUUCGGGAGCAUAUCUUUACAGGAAGUGUUUCUUCCUUGGCUUGGUUUAUGUCAAAUCAAGAAACGAGCUUUGUCACCAUCGGUCAACGAGUUCUUGCAAGACCUUUGAAGGUUCGGUUCCACUAUGGGCAUCCAGAUGUCUUUGAUAGAAUUUUCCACAUCACACGAGGUGGCAUCAGCAAAGCUUCAAAAGGCAUCAAUCUAAGCGAGGACAUCUUUGCAGGGUUCAACUCAACACUCAGACGUGGCAAUAUAACUCACCAUGAGUACAUCCAAGUUGGGAAGGGGAGAGAUGUCGGCCUCAACCAAAUCUCACUCUUCGAAGCAAAAGUUGCAUGUGGUAAUGGCGAGCAGACCUUGAGUCGGGAUAUCUACAGACUAGGUCACCGCUUUGAUUUCUUCCGGAUGCUUUCUUGUUACCAUACGACAACAGGCUUCUAUGUCAGCUCUAUGAUGGUAGUCCUUACGGUGUAUGCAUUCUUGUAUGGAAGACUAUACCUGGCUUUAAGUGGAAUGGAGAAAGCAAUCAUGAAAUCGGCAAGAUUAAGGGGAGAUAGGGCUCUGAAGGCUGCCAUGGCUUCUCAGUCUGUAGUUCAACUUGGUCUUUUGAUGGCAUUGCCCAUGAUCAUGGAGAUUGGACUAGAGAGAGGAUUCAGAACAGCAUUUGGUGACUUGAUAAUCAUGAACCUCCAACUAUCAGCUGUCUUCUUUACAUUCUCUCUUGGAACAAAGCUACACUAUUUCGGGCGCACAAUUUUGCACGGUGGGGCCAAGUACAGAGCCACUGGGCGUGGUUUUGUCGUUAGACAUGAGAAGUUUGCAGAAAACUACAGAAUGUACUCACGGAGCCAUUUUACGAAAGGGAUGGAAUUGAUGAUUUUACUGGUUGUUUAUCACGCAUAUGGCUCAGCAUUUGCAAACAGUGACGUCUACUUGUUCCUAACCAUUUCCAUGUGGUUUCUAGUGUGUUCUUGGUUGUUUGCUCCUUUCCUUUUCAACCCCUCAGGAUUUGAGUGGCAGAAAAUAGUGGAGGACUGGGAUGAUUGGUCAGCAUGGAUCAGCAACCGCGGUGGUAUUGGUGUUCCAGCUAACAAGAGCUGGGAAUCCUGGUGGGAGGAGGAACAGGAGCACCUUCGAUCAACUGGAUUUAUUGGACGUCUAAUGGAAGUUAUUCUCUCUUUCAGAUUCUUUAUCUACCAAUAUGGAGUUGUUUAUCAGCUUAAAGUCGUCCAAAAUGAUAAAAGCAUCUUGGUGUAUGCUCUAUCUUGGCUGGUGAUCGUUAUUGUUAUCGCCAUCUUGAAGAUUGUAUCCAUGGGUAGAAAGAGGUUCAGUGCAGAUUUCCAGUUGAUGUUCCGACUGCUUAAGUUGUUCCUGUUUGUUGGAUUCACCAUCACACUUGUGAUGAUGUUUCAAUUCCUUGGUCUCACCAUCGGUGACCUUUUCGCCAGCUUACUUGCCUUCUUGCCAACCGGAUGGGCCAUCUUGCAGAUAACACAAGCGUGCAAGCCUGUGGUGAAAGGGUUGGGAAUGUGGGGAUCGGUAAAAGCACUAGGGAGAGGGUACGAGUAUCUAAUGGGUGUCAUGAUUUUCACUCCGGUGGCUAUACUUGCAUGGUUCCCCAUGGUGUAUGACUUCCAAACCCGGUUGCUUUUCAACCAGGCUUUCAGCAGAGGUCUACAGAUCCAACGAAUCUUAGCGGGUGGCAAGAAAAACAGGUAACCGAAGCUAGUGUGUACCUCAAUCAAGAUGAUGUCGUUAUUAUACUAGCAAUAACGCAUGGAGGGUCAAAGCUCAAAUGCUUAAUAAUGGACGACCGACCUGAAGAGGUUAUUCGUUGUGUGGUUCCCUUCAAGUUCAUGAUGACGUUCAAAACGAGGCGGCUUUCAUGUCUACGCUUAAACUCGGUACAGCUCUGGAGCUUAUCUGCUGCUUAGAUCAUCAGCAAAACAACUUUUC